AUGGUGGGUGUAAACCCCAUAUGGGGACUUUUCAUUGUCAUAUUUUUGUUCUUUCCAAUGACAUAUUCAGAGGAUGAAGUGGUUAAGCAGGCCCUAGUCAGAUUCAUGGACAAACUUGCACAAGGGAAUCCACAAAGGGAUGCCAAGUACUUGAGUUGGAACCUCUCUUCAGAUCCCUGCAAUGGAAAUUGGUAUGGUGUGAGCUGCUUAGAGGGGAAUGUGAAUACUAUAGUUGUUGAUGAUUCCAGCUUAAGAGGGACUUUAGAUGCUAGUUCUCUUUGCAUGGCAAAGUCUCUUCAAAGCUUAAGCCUGAAGAAAAACAAUUUGCAUGGAUUGAUACCUGAGGAUAUAGGAACAUGCAAGUCCUUGAAUCAUUUGUAUUUAAGUGAGAACAACUUCUCUGGUGAUCUUCCUAUUUCUCUUGCAGAACUAGGCAAUUUGGAGAGGCUUAAUAUUGCAAGCAACAACUUCUCUGGAGAGCUUUAUAAUGUGAUUCAUGUUUCAGGGUUGAUAUCCUUUCUUGCUGAAAACAACAAAUUUACGGGGGAAAUUCCUGAUUUUAACUUCUCCAAACUUUUGGAGUUUAAUGUCUCCAACAACAAUUUAGAGGGUCCACUUCCUGAUUUUAGAGGGGGAUUCCAAGUAGACAGCUUUUCUGGCAAUCCCAAUUUAUGUGGAACACCACUUCCAAAGGCAUGCCCCCCUACUCCUCCUCCACAUGCAAAGAAAGACAUAAAAUCCUUCAUUGAUGGUUUGGCUAUUUAUUCGGGUUAUGUAAUUCUUGGUGUAAUGGUCCUGUUUUUCUUUGCCUUCAAAUUGGUAAGGAAAUUAAAAACCAAAGAAGAAGCAUUAAUCGUUGAAAUGAAGGAAGUGGCAGAAGAAACUAGUGGUGAAAGGCCUAGAGAAAUUUCCUCUGAAACUAGGAGUAGCAUUGGGAUGAAAUCCGAGUAUUCAAUGUCAUCCCUUGAAAGUGGGAUGAAUACAUCAACUCUUGUUGUUUUUUCAAACCCAGCAUCAAAGGAACUGCAACUUGAGGACUUGCUCAAAGCUCCUGCUGAAUUGAUUGGGAGAGGAAAGAAGGGAAGCCUCUACAAGGUGAUGCUAGACAAUGGUUUUUUUUUGGCAGUCAAGAGGAUCAAGGAUUGGGGAAUUCCAAAACAAGAUUUUGGGAAAAGGAUGGCCAAGAUUGGCCAAGUGAAGCAUCCAUACGUACUGCCACCUGUUGCAUAUUAUUGCUCACGAGAUGAGAAGCUCCUAGCAUAUGAAUACAUGGAGAAUGGGAAUCUCUUCAAGAUGCUAUGCGGAUCCCCAAGUGGCCAAUCUUUUGACUGGGGGAGCAGACUUAAUGUUGCUGCUAAAAUAGCUGAUGCAUUGGCUUAUAUGCAUGAGGAGCUUUGUGGAAGUGGAAUUGCUCACGGUAACUUGAAAUCAAGUAACAUUUUAUUUGGCAAGAAUAUGGAUCCAUACAUAAGCGAAUAUGGUCUUAUGGUGAGUGAAAAUAAAGCUCAAAGUGCAAUUUCUCAAGGCAAAAGUCUCAAAAACAAGAGUCUGAGUGCUGCUAGUGCUCAUGCAUAUAACACCUUCAAAGUUGAUACGUAUGCCUUUGGUGUGAUACUUCUAGAGCUGCUGACCGGAAAAGUAGUUGAAAAUAGUGGGUUCAAUCUGGCUAAAUGGGUGAGUUCAGUGCUCAGAGAGGAAUGGACAUUUGAAGUUUUUGACAAGUCCUUAAUCUCACAAGGUGCUAGUGAAGAGAGGAUGGUGAACUUGUUGCAGGUGGCAUUAAAAUGCAUAAAUCCUUCUCCAACUGAUAGACCAAGUAUGAGUGAAGUUGCUGUCAUGACAAUUACAUUGAAAGAGGAAGAAGAAAGAUACAUAACCUUCGAAAGUUCCACCCAUUAG